AUGGGACAACUGAUCGGCAAGUUGAUGAGCAUCUGCGGGAAACAGGAACACAGGGUUAUCAUCGUGGGACUGGACAAUGCAGGAGAGACCUCCAUUCCCUACCAGUUCCUGAAGAAUGAGGUGGUCCCUACAUGUCCCACCAUCCGUAGCAACGUGGAGAAGAUUGUUUUGCAAAAGACCCACUUCUUCAUGGGGGACAUAGGAGGAGAGGAGGCUCUGCGCUCCGCUUGGAACACAUACUCCUCCAGUGCUGAGUUCAUCAUCCUUGUGAUUGACAGCACGGCCCGGGAUCGACUGCUGACCACUCUGUAGGAGCUGUGUAAGAUGCUGGCCCAUGAGGCUCUGUGAGAUGCUUCCGUCCUGAUCUUUGCCAAUAAGCAGGACGUGAAGGACUCCAUGACCACCGUGGAGAUCUCCCAAUUCCUCACCCUUAGUGCCAUGAAAGACCACCCGUGGCACACGCACACACAGGGCUGCUGUGCCCUCACCGGGGAAAGGCUGCCUGCCGGGCUUCAGUGCAUGCAGUCCUGGGCCACUGUCAACUGACGUCAGCCUGAGGCCAACCAGAAUCUUUGAGGGUUUUGCAUGGACGAUGUGGGUGGAAAACCCAAGUGACUAUUUGUUAUUUUUCUGCGAUUCUCCGAUGGGACCAGGGACAGCUAUGGGCAGUGAGAUUGCCACUAUCCACCCAAGCCGCACUGAGGAGCUAGACUGAGCACGCUGAACUGCUGCAGACAGGACAACAGUAAAAGCUGCCCUUCACUCCAUGGGAGCAGGUAUCCUUCUUGGAGACACCAGGGAAGCUGUUGGAUGUGCUGGGGGAUUCGGAAGUGGAGCCCCCUCCCCUCAGCCCUCAACCUCUCUGUAGGAAAAACGGAGGACAGAGUAAGAAACCCUGGAAUUUUUCUUUAUUUCCUAGAACCCUAACCCUAAGCCCCUCACCCCCUACUCCAGCUUUCUGGCCCCUUAGCCAUCUUUGUCCCCUACCCUUUGAUCCGAGGAGAUUCCAGAAAGGUGAAGGGGUCGGCUCAGGGGAAGGAGGGCAGAACCAAAGGCUGGGAGGGGAGAGGGCAGAGGACAGGACCUUCUGGCCAGGGACAGUCCCUCACACUGCAGGGACUUCUACUCCUCCCUCACCCUCCCCUUCCCUCCGACCACAGCUUUUGAGCUUUAAGCCACACCUUCACUCCCAGUGUCCUUCCAGUGUGAAUCCUACUCCUCCCAAAUAUCUCAGAUUCCUAGAGCAUUUGCUUUUCUUGUCUUUUUGUAGUGAUUUUUUUCA